AACGAGGCUGCAGAAGAAGCAGAGCGCCCCAAACAAAAAACCCAACUCGUUUUCAGCUCGCGGAACGGGCGGCAGAGUCCCAGUCCUCUCGCUUUCUCCCCCGCGAUUCGCCUCGCUUCCAUCCGGUUCGAUUCGGGAGCCGGAGCCAGAGAGGGAGAGGUAAUCGCCCCGCUCGUGCUCCACCUCUCCGUCCAUUUCCACCCCGCCGGGCGAUUCGUCGGAUCGGGCCGUGGUAGCGAUGCCGCUGGCGGAGUCGCCCCAGUGGCGCCGGAAGGCCACCGAUUUCUUCUCAACGUCCAGUUUCAAGCUGAAGCAGGCAGGGCAAUCGGCUGGGGAUAAUAUAGCUGAUGUUGCUGGGAAGGUUGGGUCCGUGGUGAAGACUCGCUGGGCUGUCUUCCAGGAGGCUAGGCAGCAGCAGCAGCAGCGUCCACCGGGUGAGACAGUGCAGGAGCGUUUCAUCACAGCUGCUGCCUCCACUGGGUUGCUUUUCAGGAAGGGCAUUUCAGAGACAAAGGAGAAGGUUGCUGUGGGAAAGGUCAAAGUCGAAGAGGCUGCUAAAAAGACUGCGGAUAAGAGCAAGACUAUUUUGAACAAUAUUGAACGCUGGCAGAAGGGAGUCGCAAGCACUGAUGUAUUUGGUGUUCCUAUUGAGGCCACUGUACAACGAGAGCAGUCUGGUAAAGCUGUGCCCUUGAUGCUAGUGAGGUGUGCAGACUACCUGGUUAUAUCAGGUUUGAGUAAUGAGUACUUAUUCAAAUCUGAAGGUGACCGAAAAGUUCUUCAGCAGUUAGUUUCUCUUUACAAUGAAGACUCGGGUGCAUCUUUACCUGAAGGUGUGAACCCUAUUGAUGUAGGUGCACUGGUGAAGUGUUACCUUGCCAGCAUCCCUGAACCGCUUACUACAUUUGCACUUUAUGAUGAGCUUAGAGAUGCGAGGGUUAGCAUUCCUGAUCUUAGAAACAUAUUGAAGAAGCUUCCAAAUGUUAACUACAUGACGCUAGAGUUUGUUACAGCGCUGCUACUUAGAGUAAGCCGCAAAUCAUCACUUAACAAGAUGGACUCUCGUAGCCUCGCUGUGGAAUUUGCGCCUUUGAUCAUGUGGCAGCAAGGCGAUGCUGGCACAGAUUUGCGUAACCACCUCAAGUUUACCUUGAAACCACCUCCUAAAAUUGUGGACACGACAUCAAAUACCGCUGCAUGGGACCUGUUAGAUGAGGAUGAUGAGGACGCCUCAUCCCAGAUCCCCUUGGAUGACGCUUCGCCCCCAGACUACAGCUCCAUCGAGGUCAUCCAGUGUCUGAUCGAGCAUCACAAUGCCAUUUUCACCGACGCGAAUGAAACCGUAUGGAGAUGAUUGGAAUCUCCUCUGUAGAUCUCUCCGGUGUUAGCUCGUGCUAUGUACAAGUUCCAGGUAGGAGGGUGUAUUACCGCACGCUAUUGUUAGGGAUAAGCAUUUUGGCCGGAACAUUUUUGGGGUAGGUUUGUAUAUACGCUAGUAUUAAUUCUUAACGGGAAGAAAUCUUGUAGGAUCUGGUCAUGCUUCAUCAAUAAUAAUGUACUUGGAUGUAAACCACAUGGCCGUGGUGUGCUGUUUUGACGCAUUUGCUGAAUUCUCUGUUGAUAAGGUGCUGCAUGGGAUGCUUUUGUUGUUGUGUAUCA